CUUCAUCAAUCAAUCAUAUAGUUUUAUUAAUUAGAAAAGUAAUGUCAUCAAAUUCAAAAGAAUGUUUAAUGAAGAAUUUAAAGAGAUCAAAGCCAUAUUUGGCUGUAAUUUUCUUGCAAUUUGGAUUUGGAGGGUCAGCCAUAAUAGCUAAAACUGCAUUAAAUAAUGGGAUGAGCCAUUAUACUUUUUCUGUCUAUAGAAAUCUCUUUGCUGCUGUUGUAUUUGCUCCUUUUGCUGCUCUUCUUGAAAGGAAAAUAAGGCCCAAAAUGACUCUAUCCAUCUUCUGGAAGAUUAUGUUGCUGGGCUUAUUGGAGCCUGUUAUAGACCAAAAUUUAUAUUAUGCAGGAAUGAAAUAUACCACUGCUACUUUUGCAACUGCAAUGUGUAAUGUUCUUCCAGCCAUCACCUUUUUAUUAGCCUGGAUACUAAGGCUUGAAAAUGUGAAUGUAUGGAAAGUAGGUAGCCAAGCAAAAAUAAUUGGGACAAUAAUAACACUUGGAGGUGCAACAAUUAUGACCCUUGUUGGAGGCCCAACAAUUGGAUUGCCAUGGACCAAACAUCAUAACAAUGUUCCUACUACUACUAAUGUUGUUUCUCCCAAUGAACUCAAUCCUCUUAAAGGUGCCAUCUUCAUUGCUGCUGGUUGUUUCUGUUGGGCCUGCUUCUACAAUCUUCAGGCAAUCACAUUGAAGAAAUAUCAAGCAGGAAUGUCACUUACUUCUUUAAUAUGUAUGUCUGGGGCUCUACAAGGCACUGCACUAACACUUUUGGUUCAAAGGGGCAAUUUUGGAAUUUGGUCUAUUCACUGGGGCUCCAGUUUAUUCUAUGCAUCACUUUAUUGUGGAAUUGUUAAUUCAGGGAUUGGUUAUUAUGUUUCUGGAUUAAUAAUGAAUGAGAAAGGACCAGUUUUUGUGACAGCUUUUAAUCCUCUAAAUAUGGUUAUUGUUGCAAUUUUGGGUUCAUUUAUUUUAUCUGAGCAGCUCAACAUGGGAAGGGUUGUGGGAGCUGCUGUAAUUGUUGUUGGAUUAUACCUAGUAAUAUGGGGUAGUAGCAAGGACAAAAUUUCAACAAAAAUAGUGAGCACCAAUAUUGAAAAUGUUGAAUCAAAUAAUGAUAAAGAAUUAGCAGAGAUUAAAUCUUCAAACCAGUUAGUGAUUGGAGAUGAAUCUGUUUAAUUAAGAGAAGAUUAAAAAAAGUUAUGGACUUAUGGUUAUGUCUUAAUUGGUACAAGCUUGAGGGUUUAAUGUUUAUUCACAUUAAUAUGUAACUUAAGGAUGUGGCAUAUUUUAAGUGUUAAUUUAGCUAUGUAAUUGAUGCUUAAAAAUAUG